ACAUAAACGUGGAGUUUGGCCCUGUCACCCACUGUCUUGGGUGUUUGUCCCUCAUUACAUCAAGACAUCACUAGGGCCCUUUCUCUCCGCACGCGUUGCUAUCGCCGUGACCCGCGGUCUUGCAGACAUAGCAAGAUGGAGCCAACAUCUAUUGACGCCGUGGUCCUCGAGCACCCAGCAGAGUUAGACAUGCCGACGACUGGCACCUCAACCAUCGACACCCCGACCGACCGACCGAAGCCCACGGGCAGACAACGGCUGCUCAGCGGCCUGCACCGGAUGGGCUCCUCGCCGAGCCUGAGCCUGGCAGCCAUGGGCAGGACGCGAUCGCACAGCUUAAGGAGCCAACCCAAGGCCUCAAUGUCGUGCGUUUCGCUGGCCGGGACGGGCUCGCCCUAUGGACAAUCGUACGGCAGCUCGUACUCGUCGGAGCUGUCUAAUGGCUUUUCGACAGCACCCACGUCUGUCGCCAACAGUCCGCCUGGCAGUCCCUUCUACGACGAGAAGUUCCGUUUGCGCAUGAGGACACCCGAUCUCGCCUCUUCGAUGCCUCUUCCCUCUGGACGCAGACUACACUCAAGGGCUGGCUUGGAUGUCGAAGGCGACUACUUUUCGCAACCUCUUCGCAAGGCCGCUCCUAGGAGGCCAGCCUUGAAUUUCUGGGGCGACAUGCCAGCAGAGAUCCGCAUGCAGGUCCUCCAAUACCUUACACCCAAGCAGAUCGUGCGGUGCUCACUUGUGUCCAAGUCAUGGCACGCAAUGUGCUUCGACGGCCAGCUAUGGAGUAACUUGGAUACUAGCAAAUACUACCGCAACAUCCCAGCAGACGCGUUGAUCAAUAUCAUCAAGUCUGCUGGCCCAUUCGUAAAGGACCUCAACCUGCGAGGCUGCGUCCAACUACGCGAGCGAUGGAACAAGAAUGGCUUCCUCGAGGCCUGCCAAAAUCUUGAAAACUUUUCGCUCGAGGGUUGUCGGAUCGACCGAUCAUCCAUCCACACAUUCCUCCUGUCCAACUCACGUCUCGUCCAUGUCAACCUGUCCGGUUUGGCCAACGCGACGAAUGCCGCGAUGAAAAUCAUUGCCACAAACUGCCCACGGGUAGAGGUCCUUAACAUAUCCUGGUGCAACAACAUUGACCACCGUGGACUAAUCAAGGUCGUCCAGGGCUGUCCCAAGCUUCGAGAUCUGCGAGCGGGCGAAGUGCGAGGCUGGGAUGAUGUCGAGCUCAUGGCUGAGCUUUUCGAACGCAACACCCUCGAGAGGCUGGUCUUGAUGAACUGCGAUAGCCUCAAUGAUGAGUCUCUCGCUGCUCUCAUUGAAGGUGUCGACCAGGAGAUCGACGUUCUCACCGAACGACCAAUAGUGCCACCUCGCAGGCUAAAGCACUUGGAUCUCACACGCUGCCGCACCAUCACCGACGUUGGCGCGAAGACUCUGGUCGACAAUGUGCCGUUCCUGGAAGGCCUCCAGCUGUCGAAGUGCGGAGGCUUGACGGACGAUGCCCUGAUCUCUCUGCUUCCUACAUUGCCCGUUCUGACACAUCUCGAUGUGGAAGAGCUCGAAAAUCUUUCGAAUGAGGUUCUCAAGACCUUGGCCGCAGGUCCAUUCGCAGCUCACCUUAAGCAUCUUUGCAUUUCCUACUGCGAAAAUCUCGGCGACUCCGGCAUGUUGCCUGUCCUCAAAGCGUGCACUAGCCUGACCUCGCUUGAGAUGGACAACACCCGCAUUUCGGACCUUGUCCUCACCGAAGCAGCAGCAAGCAUGCGCAUCCGUAACCGUCUCGCUCGUGCCCUAUCCAGCUCCGAGCGUCCGCAUAUUGGCCUGCGUAUUGUCGCUUAUGACUGUGCAAAUGUCACUUGGACAGGAGUCCGAGAAGUCCUGUCACGCAACGCAGAAAUAUCGCGUCCGUCGCCCAACGCUGCGAGCCAGACAGCCACAUAUCCUCGCGAAGUCAUUGGCCUGAAGUGUUUCUACAGCUGGCAGCCCACAGUUGAAGAGCACACAAAGCGUGUGCUGAGAGGCGACUUUGCUGCAGCGGCGAGGCUGGAACGCAAGUGGGCGGACUGGAUGAUGAUGAACGAGGAGGCGGGCGUAGGUGGUGCUGGCGCCAGACGCCGUCGUAGGAGAGCGCGUGAAGCGCAGAUGAUGCAUGCUGACGAAGAAGAGGGUGGUGCCGGUACCACUGGUGGUAUCGGGCGUAGGCGGCGCGCGAGAAGUGGUCCCGGCGGCUGCCUUGUCAUGUGAGCGAGAUGAUUUUGAGCGAAUCUUUCUCCUUCUUGUCAUUUAUCUCCUUUGUAUUGCGACAUAUGCACCAUAUAGAGUACAUUCAGGCGUUGGGAGUCUCAUUGCAUCUGUCGUUACACCACGACGUCGAUAUCACUCGUAGAUAUUCCAGCUUCAAGCAUGUACAGCUUAGCACUGGCAUACAAACUUAUAUCA